GUGGCUCUAUAACUAGAUCUCAGCUCCUCAAAUCCAGUCUUUCCUUACCUUUUCGCGACCAUGUUCUUCUAAUAACAUGACUACAGUCUGCUGCACUGCAGUUAAGACAAUCUUAUUAUGCUUAGCCCUUUUCGUCGGACUAAGCUGUCUGGGAUGCGUGAAUCAAACUCCCAACUGUACCAAUUUUUCUGGAGUUGACAACCGUCUUGCUCCACAAAAUGUCACUGUUCAAACUGGAGAAAACGCUACCUUUACCUCCAAAUCCACAUGUCACUCUAUGAAGGUCUAUGUUAAUGGUUGUGAGGCCUCCAGGGACUCCGUUCGUUUAUCAAGUGAUGGUGAUAUGACCACCCUGACAUACACUGCUAUCAAUGCCAGUCUUGAUGAGAGUGGAAGCUCAGUUGAGUUUAUAAUGUUUUGUAAUGGCCCCUCCUGCUACCAUAAAGUCUAUUUGACGGUCCUUGAUCCUCCAAUUGAACCGGCUAACGUCACAGUAAAUACGACUUGCUCUGGUUUUAAUAUUUCCUUUAUCAGUUCUGAUGCUACUGUGGUUACUGUUACCUCUAGCAAUGGGACUAUGAUAUACAAUGGAACCUUAGAGCCUUCAGUUAACUUCAUAGAAAUUAAUAAUAGCAUCAGGAAUAACGAGGUAUAUGAAUUAAGAUUAAAGAGCUACAAUGAAGUCGGGCAGAGCAAGUACAUCAUUGAAAAUAUUAAUACGGACAUUAACAUUGUAAGUUUUGAAAUAUCUGACGUUUCAAUCAAGUAUGUUAAUGAUGUGCCACAGGCGAAUGUCACAUUAAAUGUUGACAAUGAUUGCAUUUUGUCAGUUCCGUGUACUGUAGAUGUUAAAUGUGCUUGUUUAAGCAACACAAGUCAAAGUAUCUUUUUAAAUGGGAUAUACCAGUUUGUGUUAAACCUAGUAAAUUAUAAAGAAAUGUGUGGCUUGACUGUAGAGGCUGGAACAUUGCAGGUCCAUAAGUUAAUAAACACUACAGCUGUUACAAGCUUCACAGUGACUUCACAUGUCACAAUCGAUGGAUACUUUCAUGUUAAUGCUACACUUCAGAAAGGAGUGACUGGGAUCAUGAUGCAAGUACAAUACAUCAAUGGAACACUCUUUUUCAAGCAGCCUAUUUUGAGGAAGCCCUCUAGUGACUAUGCUGGAGCUAAUAAUACAAGACCACUACCUAAUGGAACCUUUUAUCUAUCUAUAUACAUGUUAAAAAGUGAUGGGGUAUCGUUUGAUUUGUUGCAACCUAUUAAGAAGAAUAUAGUGAUAACAUCACUGAUUAAGAGUCCUGAUAAACCUAAUGAACCUAAACAACAUGGUUUCCCAACCUGGGCCAUUAUCUUUAUCGUAGUGGUGAUCACAUUAAUACUUACAAUACUGGUAGCUGCUUUGCUAGGGUGUUACUUUUCUCAAAGAGGAGAAAUGCGAAGAAUUCAAGAACAGGAACAAGGCCCAGCACACCCAGUAGUCUUGGUAGGACCACCAGCCCCAGUACAUCAAGGAGAUCCACCAUUACAUCAAGGAGAUCCACCAGUACGUCAAGGAGAUCCACUAGUACAUCAAGGAGAUCCACCAGUACAUCAAGAAGAUCCACCAGUACAUCAAGAAGAUCCACCAGUACAUCAAGGAGAUCCACUAGUACAUCAAGGAGAUGCACCAGUACAUCAAGGAGAUCCACUAGUACGUCAAGAAGAUCCACCAGUACAUCAAGAAGAUCCACCAGUACUUCAAAGAGAUCCAUCAAUUCAAGGAGACCCACCAGUCCCACCACAUCAAGAAGAUCCACCAGUACAUCAAGGAGAAGGAGAUCUACCAGUCCCAGCAGAUCCACCAGUUCAAGCCCCACAACAAGUCCAAGAAGACCCAUUGAACAGACUAGAGUUAAGUAUACCAAGUAUUCCUACAAAUUUGCAUCUUGUCUUGACUGAACCAGUUCCUCCUUUAUCUUCACCAGUUAGUGCCAAUCCUCCAACACUGAGUAAUAUUUUUGAGAACUUUGGUUUCAAUAUUAAUUCACAAACCAAUGAUCCCAGCGUUUCAAUACAAAAUAAUUCGGUUACUUAUUCCUCUACUGGUGAUGGAUCUGACUGCCCUCUUAUGAAACAUGAUCAUGCUCCUGUGGCAUCCUCAUACCGAUUCACACCUUCACAGAGCACAGAAGAGGAAAAGUUUAAGAAACCUGAAGAAGUUAAAGCCAGUGGUGGACCUUUUAAGUUUGUAUAUAGCUGGAGAAGUAACAAAUAAAAAUAAUUAUAUUCAAUAAAAAAU